ACUACAAAAAAGCCAUCCACAAAACCUCACAGAGCUGCUGUCACAUAUUGAGAUUGUUGUAAUUAAACAGCUUUUGGCAGUUGGUUUCACUAAGGUAGAUCUAUCUUACUGUGGUCGAGAUGUUUGUGGACGAGCGGAUCGUGACCCUGUUCAAAAGGAAUGCCCAUCACACACUGACCUACUGGAGCGUUUUCUUCAGCUUUGGACUCUGCAUUGCUUUCCUUGGACCUACAAUUUUGGACUUGCAAUGUCAAACAAACUCAACGCUUAGCCAGAUCACCUGGGUGUUCUUCUCCCAGCAGUUCUGCCUGUUGAUUGGCAGCUCUAUCGGUGGUGUUUUCAAGAGGACGUUGUUCAGUGCUCUAGCUGCCUUAUUUGUCUCGGCUCUCAUCAUCUCUGUAAUAUUUGCCAUCAUCCCUUGGUGCCAUAAUGUCCUCCUGCUUGCCAUCGCCAUGGCUGUGUCUGGGUUCGCGAUGGGCAUUAUUGACACCAUCGCUAACAUCCAACUGGUGACCAUCUAUCAGAAGGACUCGGCUGUUUUCUUACAGGCUCUUCAUUUCUUCAUCGGGUUUGGAGCCCUGGUGAGCCCACUGAUUGCAGAUCCUUUUCUCUCCGAGACGGGCUGUGGGAAUCAUACAGCGAACGGGACUGAGACCAUGCAUCAUUUCAGGAACAUGCUGAGAAACAGUCCGAUUGCAGGGCACAACAUAACUCAGAGCCACAUGGCCCACGAGGGAGGGGAAGAGGAGUCUAGUGUGCACUACGCUUUCUGGAUCAUGGCGCUUAUCAAUCUCCCCGUGCCCAUCGCAGUCCUGUUCCUGAUGUAUCGGGAGCAGCUGAUCCCAUGUUGCCCCGGCGGCACUCCUAGUCUCCUGGACAAAGAUGAACUAGCGAUGGAGAACCAGCAGGGGGCCGAGGGCUCGGAGGUGGAGGAGACGAAACAUGAAGCUGGAGGUCAUGGGGAUAUCUUUAGCUGCUGUCGGAAUGAUAACCUGCGCGGGCUGCCAGUAUCCUUCUUUAUGAUUCAUAUCCUUGGCGGGAUGGUGCUCUUCAUGACAGAUGGUAUUGUGGGUGCGUACGCCGGCUUUGUGUACACUUACGGCGUGGCGCCACCUAUGUCGUUGCCUCACAAGACGGCGGGUUACCUGGCCAGCAUCUUUUGGGGAGCGAUCACCGCUGGCCGCCUGUUGUCCAUCCCUCUCUCGUACCGCUUCCAGCCUGUGAGACUGCUCAUGUUCAACCUGGCGGGUGCUAUUGUCACUGUCUUGUUGCUGCUUAUUUUCUACACCAGCAGCACGUUUCUGUACGCCGGGACCUGUUUAUGUGGGCUCUUCCUCAGCAGCAUAUUCCCCUGUAUGCUCGCUUAUACUGAAGACAUCCUUGAUUAUCAGGGAUGUGCAACGUCAGUCCUGGUGACAAGUGCAGGGAUGGGGGAGAUGGUGAUGCAGGUUCUGGUUGGCUCAAUUAUCCAGACGGAAGGCAGCUAUAGCUUCCUGCUGUGCGGAAUGAUAAUCGCCUGCCUAGGUUUUAUCUUCUUCAUUGGUCUCCUGCUGUUCCACCGAAUGCACAGAAAUUACCUCACAGGGACGACGAAAAAGUCAGCCAUGGUGGAGGAACCGGCAGCGGAGCAGAAUGGAUCGGCCAAGACAGAACAGAAAGAGGAGGCAGAGAGCAGCUGAGAAGGGCGGCAGCUGUGUUUUGUCCUUUACUGGCUACUGUAGGGGAUGAAGUAUUACCACAAUCUAUCUUCAAAGAUGUUUUACUAAAGCCUACCAAUGUGCUGUUGUACUUUUAUUGUUCUGGAAAUUACAUAUUUGCAGAGUAGAUAGUUUGCUUCUGUUAGAGGUUAUAGUUCAAACUCUGUUUUUCUGUAAAUCAGGGACGGCGUUAAUCAAAUUGUGGAUUGGUGUCCCGUUUCAUAUUGCAUCAGGGUUUGCAAUUUACAAUACAAGGAUUAUGAUUACCUGUCGGACACUUUUAAAUACUUAAAUUGCUGUAUUAAUUGUUUUCUGUUUGUAAUUGUAAUCUUUUGUUUUCAUAUUGUUUUAUGUGUUUUUGCAUAUCUUUUGGCAUAUGUACAUGGAAUACUGUAUAAUAUGUGUAUUGAAACAAUUAUACUGAUACGGUG